CAGCGCUGCUCCGCGGGGAGUUCACGAGGGACGAGCCGCUGGAGGAUCAACGCGCUGCUGCUCUUUAGUUACUUUUUUAAAUUCAUGGAUUUAUGGCUUUUUCUUCUCAGCAAACCAACUUUUAACUUUACAAACUCUCGGACUGAAGAUUUAUCUCAUUAAUUAACCGAUUUUGAUGAAUAUUUGUGGUUGAAGUUUCCCUGAAUCCCCGCUGGUCCGCGGCACCUGCAGCUCAGUGGAAGGAUUUUCCCGCUCCGGAGCUCCGCGACCUCCCCCGGGGCCGACGGCCACCCGUGGCCGGCCGCAGCGCACCAUGAAGCGGCCUCGUGAGGACGGAGGGUCGGGGAGCGACCUGGAGGACCGCGGCUGUUCAGGGUCCCCCAGGUCCCCCAGGUCCCCCAGGGCGUCCCCGCCGGGACCCCCGCCCUCCAGCUCCCAGCUGACCAGGAAGAGACGGCGAGGGAUCAUCGAGAAGCGGCGCAGGGACCGGAUCAACACCAGCCUGCUGGAGCUGCGGAGACUCGUACCCACAACCCUGGAGAAGCAGUCUCUCCAUCUCCACCAGAUGUGGAUCCAGGAAGGGAUGGAGACGUGACAUUACGCUGUUCUCUGGUGAGAGACCGUUACUUCGGUCCCUGUGAGCAGAACAGCAUCAUCUGGGUGGAUGAGACAGGAAGUGUGCUGCUUGGUGAAGGUGAUGGGUUUGUGUCUGGAGGACAGAACAACUGUGUUUCUGAUCUGAUGGUGAAACAUCAGAGACGCUCCAAGAGAAGAUUCAC